CCUCCGCGUGCCUUCAUCACGGGCGGGAUGGCCUUUAAAAUGAAAUGCGUUUUAAUGAUCCUCACUUUCUGUGUACAAGACGGAUUAACAGAGCGAUAUGAAGCUCACUUUGGUGCAGAGAAGGUUCUUUUACAGAGAGUAAAACGUCAGAAAACACCAGCGAAGCCAGUGCUGAAGCUGACAGACUACCAUGUAAAGUGUUCAGUGGUGUCCCGCUAUGCCCUCACCACCGUCCAGAGCUCAGUGUGGAACCAGCUCCCCAUCACCAAGGAGGCUGCCUUUGAACUGGACCUGCCCUCCUCUGCUUUCAUCUCCAACUUCACCAUCACCUCCAAUGGCAAGGUGUAUGUGGCCCAGGUCAAGGAAAGAGCUGCGGCCAGGAAAAUUUAUGACGCAGCUAAGAAACAGGGAAAAACAGCCGGACUCGUUGCUACCAAAGAGAGGGAGAUAGAGAAGUUCCGUGUGGCUGUCAGUGUGCCGUCGGGGGCACGGGUAUCCUUUUCCCUAUCCUACGAGGACCUGUUACCACGUAGACUUGGCCGUUAUGAGCUCAGUUUGGGUUUGAGGCCUGGCCAACCUGUCCAGAACCUCACUCUGGAUGUCAAUAUAUCAGAGAGGACGGGCAUCAGUUUCAUUAAGGUUCUUCCUCUGAGGACCCGCCGACUGCUCUCCGACACUGUCCAAGGUGAUGCUGGUGCCCCUGCCUCAACCCAGCUGGAACAGAGUGCUGGGUGUGCCCGAGUUCAUUACAGCCCCACCCUGCAGCAGCAGAACAAGGGCCUCAACGCAGACUUCAUCAUCCAGUAUGAUGUGGAGCUCAGAGACCUUAUGGGUGAUGUCCAGGUGUAUGACGGCUACUUUGUGCAUUACUUUGCGCCACGAGGGCUUCCUGUGGUUCCCAAGGAUGUCAUUUUUGUCAUCGAUGUCAGUGGCUCUAUGAUUGGCACCAAGAUAAAACAGACCAAGCAGGCCAUGAGCACCAUCCUGGGGGACCUUAGAGAGGGCGACCACUUCAAUAUUAUUACCUUCUCAGACAAGGUUCACACUUGGAAGAAGGGGCGAACAGUGCGGGCAACUCGACAGAAUAUACGAGAUGCCAAAGACUUUGUGAAGAGGAUUAUUGCCGAAGGAUGGACCAACAUCAAUGCUGCUCUGUUGUCAGCCGCCCAGCUUGUCAACCCUACUCCCUCUGGCUCCAGCCAGGCAUCCUCUAGGGCGCGCCGUGUCCCUCUGGUAAUCUUCCUCACUGAUGGGGAGGCGACCAUAGGGGUGACGGCAGGUGACACAAUCCUCAGCAAUGCCAAGAAGGCUUUAGGUUCUGCUUCUCUUUUUGGCCUCGCUUUUGGAGAUGAUGCAGAUUUCCCCCUUCUGAAACGCUUGGCCCUGGAUAACCGAGGCAUGGCUAGGAUGGUGUAUGAGGAGGCAGAUGCAGCCUUGCAGUUGAAGGGCUUCUACAAUGAAGUAGCCAGUCCACUGCUCUCAGACAUCCAGCUGUCCUAUCUCGAUGACCAGGCAUUUGAUGUCAGCUGCUCCCUUUUCCCCAACUACUUCCAAGGCUCUGAGCUGGUGGUGACUGGGAGGGUUAAACCAGGGGUUAAAGAUUUGAAAGUAUCGUUGACUGCUGUUGACUCGAAGCAGCAUUUGAAAGUGGAAAACGAUGUGUUGAUUUCCAAAGGAAAGGGGAAUGGAAAUGUCGAUUUAGUCAGCUGUGGAGGAAAAAUGGGUGGGAUGUCCAGCUUUGUGCACCGUCUCUGGGCUUAUUUCACCAUCAAAGAACUGCUGCUGGCCAAACUGAACACUACUGACCCUGUCAUUCAGAGGUUACUGGCAGACAAGGCCACCAAUCUCUCCCUUAAAUACAAUUUUGUCACGCCUGUAACUUCUUUAGUGGUGGUGAAGCCAGAUGCGGAUGAAGCAACCCAAUUGCCAACCACUAAUCCCACUGUGACCACUGCAAAAUCCACCAGCUCCGCCAGUACUGCCACCAUUACAACCACCACAAAGGCUCCUACUACUGCUGCUACCAAAAUAGCAUCUGCUGUUGCUGCAAAGAAGCCCAGUUCACCUUCAAAUCCCAGGUCCAGUAAAACUAAACCAAACCCUCCAUCUUUUAAACCUCCACCUCCUCAGCCACCUCCGAGCCAUACUAUGAACACCCUGCAACCCAAAAAAACUUCACCAUCACCUACAUCGGGGAAAAUUGCAGCCCCCCCAUCCACCAAAAAAAACACUACAACCUCUAGCCCAAGUUCUGCCAAAACCGCCCCUGCACCACUCGCUGGUAAAAUACCCACUUCUUCUGCGAAUUCCUCCAAAACAGCCUCUGUUCAGCCAUCCGGUAAAAUGUCCACCUCUUUGCUCAGCUCCCUAAAAACUGCUGCUCCCCCUGCGCCCGGAAAAAUAUCCACUCCACAGCCCAACACUGUGAAAACAAUCCCUCCGCCACAGCAAACUGCAAAAACCUCCACUACAGUGAUGACAUCCACUACCACAUCUAUGCUUAGUUCAGUCAGAACCGAACCUGCAACCCCGACUGGGAAACCCUUUACCCCUGAGCCAGGCACCAUUAAGACGGUUCAGCCUCCUGUCAAAGUGACCUUUUCCACUUCAGAGACAGAGAAUAGCACCAUGUUUGCAACAGAUGCUCAUCAGCCGGAGAUCACAACUGUCCUGUCUGGGCUGUCUGGUCUUACCCCUCCUACGCCCGCCCCGGCUCCCACUCUGGAAGACAACAACACAGACUCGGACUCAGACUCAGACAUCAGAAUAGCUACCCUGGUAUCUGCCACCUUUGCUCCCAUGCCUGGUGUAACAGAUGGGCCCAAGCUAUGGGAAGCUGCAGGGCUUCUGGACUAUGAUGCAACCUAUGACUACGACUUCGAUCUCAGCUAUGACAACUGGGAUGAUGAUACACCAGACACGCGGUCAUUUGAGCCACCGUCCAGAUUGAGCACCGUUCGGGUCUUCUCCUCAUCAGUUGAUGGAGAUCCUCAUUUUGUGGUCCAGCUGCCAAAGUUGCAUCAGAACUUGUGUUUCACAUUAGAUGGCAGGGCCAAUGAUGUUCUCAGAUUGUUAGAGGACCCAGAGAGAGGGAUUGUGGUGGACGGCCAUUUAAUGGGAGCUCCCUCAAAGCAUGGCAUGGAAGAUCGCUUCCGUACUUAUUUUGACCAGCUCACCAUCUCUUCUACCACGGGCGGGUUGGGGGACAUGAUGAUCAAACUCUCAUUGGCUGCUGUCAUAGUGGAAGGGGAGGGGCGGGAUAUCCUACCCAUCAAUCAGCAGGGAUCUGUGACAAGACAGGGCGUAAGAAUUACUGUGGACAACCAUCGAAGCUGUUGGAUUGAACUGGCCAAGGAUGUACGUUUUCUGGUCCUUUUCCAUCACUAUAAGCACCCCAGUUACCUGCAGAUGGCUCACUUGGGUUUCUAUAUCAUCGAUGGACAAGGGCUCUCCUCCUUAACUCAAGGCCUGUUAGGCCAGUUUCAGCAUGCUGACAUGAGGGUCACUGUGGUGAAGGACAACCCAGAGGCAGGUGUUUACCGACCCAACAAGGAGGGAGUUCUGGCUAGGGGGAUGCUCAGGUGGGGUUCAAUGCACCUGCCCGUCACUUUGCAAGACAAGACCCUGAAGGACACUGUGCGGAAACGCCACCUUGGCAAGUGUUGGGUGGUGCCCAAGGCGGAUGUGGAAAAGCUACUGGGUCAUCCAUACCAGAGCUUCGUGGCGGAUCGUGCAUAGAUGACUCUUAUUUUAAAAAAAAACUAAAAAAAAACAAGUGAUAAUGAUCAAUAAUCUCCGCUCUAUCGCCACUCUGCUGGACAACUCAUGUCACAAAAAUCAUUGUGAAAUGAUUACUAGACAAAGGAUAAAUAAGCACGGGGAGUUCACAGUGCUAAAAUGACAUGUCACUCUCAGCUCCUCCGGGACCAGUGAAACAUUAUGUGGGGUUAUGGAAGAGGUGCGCCACUGUGGGAGGUGGCUAUAGUGCAAGAUCCAGCUGCAAAAAAACAACAGAAAAUAAUGAACAAAUGGGGAACUGAAGAACUUGCUAUAUGUAGUGAGGGUUGGAAUUAUGCAGUAUGCCCUCUGUACUGCAGAACCUGAAUUACGGCAACCGUGAAGAAACCUUCAUUUUUUUGCUGCAGAAGUAUCAGCUCAUUCCAAAAUCAGUUGCACAGUGCUGAUAGAUUUAACGGUAAUAUGAGAUUAUCUUUACAUUUUGUUGUUGAAUGAUAUAAGAGAAAGAAUGACGCUUGCAUAUUUCAAGUGCGAGUUACACUUAAAGGAAUAACUGUGUAAGUUUUGCAUAUAGGUGUAUAUAAAGUAUGAAUUUAUGCAAUGUGUACUACAGAUAAUUACCAAAUAUGACCUUGAACAAUAUGUAUUUCUACCCAAUUCCUUGCAACAUCUUUAAAAAACACAACACAAAUCAGAUAGGUCUUUCCAGGUUUGCCAUGUGCUUUUUAUUUUUCUAUCAUUUCAUUCAUAGUUUAUUUCAUUUUAUUUGUUACACAAGACAUUAGGCAUUGUUCACAUACUAGUGAUCAAACAAGGACUGUAAGUUGUCUACUAUUUAGCCUGAACUAUAUCUUUUGUCAGUUUCAAUUUCAAGGGAUGUUGUCAAUUGUUUUCAAAGGCCAAACCGGAUGGAAAUUAAAAGAGUACAACCACACAUUGGGCUUUGUUUUGUGAUAAAUAAAAAAGACGGGAUAGUAUUUCAUGGUGGGGGAUGGGUAAAAUAUAACUACAGUAAUGCUUCGGGAGUAUUUCCAGUUUUUUCAGAUAUCAUGGUUCCAGGAUGAAGACCACACACAAUGUUGAACGAUGCACAGAGUGAAACUGUUGUGAAUAUAUAGUUGUGUAAAUCAACUUUUUAGACUGGUAAAGAUUUUGAAUUCAACUCCAUGACAGAGGCUGUUGGUGUUAUAUUUCUAUCAAAACUCAAAACCUGUUUGUUAAGAAUGCUAAUACUCAUAAUAAAUCAAAAUGCAACACUGGAAUGAUCACUAAAUAAGGUAAACAUAACACAUGACACUGCAAAUAACAACAACAACAAAAAAAAUGUCGGUGUGUAUUUCUUUUAAAAUCUAUUUUAUCAGUUAUUACCAUAACUCAAACUAAGAGCAUAGCAUAUUCAGCAAUUGACGUAAACCUUCCACCAAUACAUCAGUGAAAUUCAAAUAAAUAGAGCAUAACAAUAAGACACAUAAACAACCCAAACAUAUAAUAACUUUGUUUAGGGUUGUUAAGGAAUUGGUAGUGGUGGAUAAAGCAAAAUGGAACUGCUUCAACCUUGUUUAGUGUUUUAAAGGAAAAGGUGGCAGCAUUUCAAUAGUCCAUAUUUGAUAUGUAACAAGCCAAGCCACAGAUUAAUCUGGCAUUAAAUGUGUAGUGCAGAGACAGUAAGGUCUGCCUUGAUUCAGGAAUGUAAUAACAGGUCUGGUUAGGUGCAACAGAAUUUUCUCUCCGUUGUAUUUAUCUCAUAUUCACUUAUCUCCUCAGAGGAAAAUAAACUAUGAAGACUACACAGUUCUUUAUAGCUUCCGGCAAGUCUUUUCAGUAAUGGUCAGCAACUACCUUUUUGGCACAGAAUUGAUCUGCAGCUAGCGGUUUGUUAAACCGAAAUAACUAAUGAUUUUAGAGAGCCCAAACAUAAUGGAAGAGACCCCUAAUUAAGGCUAAAACCAAAUAAACAUACAUUGGUUCAUUCUUGUGGGGUGGCACUUUUGACUGUGACAUUUGCUAUGCUACAAAGUGUUAUGGGAGUGUCCAGCUUUUCCCUCCAUUAAAUGAAUAUAGUUUUCCACAGAAUUUAGUUCCUAUGGGAAUUACUGUCUGGAUGACAGAAACAAGGGUUGAAAAAAAAACCAAGAGACAAUCUGGUGCUUUCACCACGAGCCGAAAUUUCAGUCUUCACCCUCUUCACUCAAAAGUGAAACUUUCCUAAAAUCGAAUCCAAAUCGUUCCUGACAUGCAUUCUGAUCUCCUCUACACAUGCCCUCACAUCUCGAGUAUCUCGUAAAAAUCCUUUCAUUUAUUUCUCACUCACUCGAAACCUUCCGUAAUGUCUUCAUAGAAAACCUGACUUAAUCUAGACACAUUGUCUCUCGGCCUCUUGCGCUUGACAUUCUUCCCUUUUUGUUGUUCAAACCUACUUCAUAGCAUCAGACCACUGCUUACACCUGCUCUGUAAACUUCAUAACUUCAGCAAGCGAAUUGUGCACCAAAUAUAUAGAAAUAAAUCUCUUCAAUAAUUUAAAAUGUUAGAACGUAAAACUAUUCAAAUUCGAAAUUGACAUUACACAACAGAGAUAAACAACAGAAUUAUUUAGGGGACAACAGUUAUUAGCCACCAGAUAGCUUGCCUGCUAGCACAGGGAACACAACAGCAUUGCAAAGUGAGCACUAUCAGUUGACAGAACAGCCCAUUUAUAUAUGACUCCUCAUCACAUUUUUUUUGUUUGUUUUGCGUGACCAAAAGGUUUUGCCAAAAAGAGCAGAGACUAUUGAAAUAACACAGGUAAAAGACCAAGUAAGAGAAAAGUGAAAGCAGGGUUGACAGGAAUGGUGUUUGAAAUGGUCCGGCCUUCAUAAUGGGGUGUCAUUAUGUUCUAUGUACAAUACUAUCGUGUAAAAGAUACAUGCAUGUCAACUGGAGGUGGCCCUUCAAGAAGAUGAAUCUAUACUAAGCCAUUAAAAUGUCCUCAUGUCAGAGUUUGCAACUUUGCAAAGUAAUUCACUCUGCUCCAUCCAGCUAACCUCUGAUAUGAGGAGAAAGACAUUACAGAAAGAAUGAAAGGCUUUUGAAAUUGCAACAAGUAACAAGUCCACCUCUAAUAAUGAUAAUAGUAGUUAAGACAUGAUUAUAGAUUCUACAACGGAAUGAAAGACCUUAUCAACCCUGCUUUUCAGUGACAGAGAAAGGGAGCGUGAGUUUCUGAACAAUGAGAGUGUGUGUGUGUGUGUAUAUUUGUAAAUGUGAGCAUUUAUAUGUUUGAACGCGUGUCAGGAGAGAGAGGGAUGUAAGGAAAAGGAAGCAGACGACUUAAGGCAGGCAGAGCCAUAGCACACUCUCAACUUUCUGACACAUCCUAUUCUCCUGCCCCCGCCCCCUGACCGUUUAUUUUUUUUCCACCACCUCCUUAGUAAA